AUGGAGCUCGUGGCCUCGAGCGCGGAAGAGGCGGGCGCCUUCAGCGCGAUGCGCCGUGAGAAAAUCGAGGACUUGAUUGACGACUUCCUCUACGCGGCGCGUGCGGGAGAAAUGGAGGAUCUCAAGACAAGUCUGGCUGCGCUCAAGGAGGAGUUUCAAGAGCCUCACAGCCUCUGUCGAUUCCGGGCCGAAACGGAAAACAAAAACAAGAAACCGAAAACAGACAAGAAGGCGGCCGCAUGUGGAUGCGAAAGAGACGGGAAAAGAGUACAAGUCGUCGACCUCACGGAUCCCUUCACAGGCCAGACUGCGCUCCACAUGGCCGCUGCAAACGGCGAAGAAGAAAUCGCGAGAUACCUCAUCGUCGAAGAAGGCAAGUUCUCGUGUCGCGUUGGCGCUCUCCAUCUCCCGAACAAUAUGGGAAACACGCCUCUCCAUUGGGCCGUUACAAAUCAGAGACUGCCGCUGGUAAAACUUCUUCUGGCGUCUUCGCCUCCUCCAACUGAGGAGUCUUCUCCCUCUACUUCUUCUUCGGCCUCGUCUCCCCAUUCAUACGUUGAAUCUCCCUCCGCGUCCUCUUCUUCCUCUGCGUCGGCUUCUUCUCCAGCGACGCGUGUGGCUGGGCAGUUUGUUGUGGACGUUCUCGCGCAGAAUACGGUGGGGAAAAGUGCACUCUCUGAGGGGUUCAAUGCGGGAAACAUGGAAAUUCUCCAGCUCCUGCUCGAACACCAUUCCGCGAAGGCGCUCGAAGACACCUAUCAGCCCGUGCCGCAGGCUGCGGGGGAAGAUGGCGACGCGGCGAGUGAGGCCGGAAAGCGCACGGCCGACGCCGAGGCCUCCGUGGUGUCUGGGGAGUUCCGAGAGGCAACGCCUGCGGGCGCGCCAAGCCCGCAGGCUGCAUGCGCAGCAUCCAGCUGUCUCGCGCAGGAAGUCGUGCAUGCGAUUCGCCUAGGCAACUACACAAAGAGGCAACCCAAACAAGAGAAAGAAACAGAAGGGGGCCAGCUCACUGGAAACACAGGGGUGGACUCUGCGCAGCACGAGACGAAGGAGCGUGGAGACGAAGAUGAGAACGUGGUGAUAAAAUGCCGAGAAAUCGGACUCACGUGGACAGGAGAAGCCUUCGGAGAAAAUGCAGCGAGGGACGACACCACAGGCCUCCACCUAUGGAGCGCCGCCGUCAUCGGUGCUCAGUGGAUGGCCGAGCUAAGCAAGCAGGGGCGUUUCUCAGGUGCAUCGGUGCUGGAGCUCGGAGCGGGCUGCGGCUUGAUGGGCCUUGCGGCGGCGCUGCAUGCGCGGGAGCCGCUCGCGCGCUUUUAUCAAAGCGAUAUUUUCCCGCACACGUUGCGGAACCUCGAGCACGGCUUUUUGGCAAACGGCUUCGAGCGAGAGAGCGGAGACACGUGGACGAAGGCGGGGCGCGUUCGGCGCGCAGGGAUCUGCGCUCUCGACUGGACCGCGCGCGAGACGUGGCCGCAUGCGGCGGGCGAGGAGUCGCCGAAACGCGAAGACGCAGAGCAGGAAAGCGAGAAAAAAACGGAGACUCUCCAGCAAUUUGAUUUCCUCUUGGGAAGCGAUUUGAUCUACGAUCGCAAGAUGCUCUCGCCCCUCGUCGAUGUCGUUGCCUCUCUUCUGAGGAAACCUGCUGGGACGUUCUACUAUGUCCAUCGACUUCACCGCCAGGGCGCGGGUGAAUUUGUCGAUGCACUCCGACGUCGAGGCCUCAAGUGCGAGGAGCGGUCGCCUCCGGAGGAAUAUUUUUCCAAUCCUUUCGUCGACAAAACAAAGGCCGAAGCUGAACUGCAUCUCCCCGAAUUUUCCUCCGGCGACUUUGUGAUGGUCCGCUGUGCGUGGCGAUAA